CACAACAUUUAUCCGCAGAAACCCCGCGAAGGCAAAACCAACGAGCGAUGUCGGUUCUCCAAAUCGUACCUUCUUCCCCUACCCUUCACCACCUACUUUUACCCCCACAACCCCGUCAACCUAACAAAUUCCAAAAAGCACCUCUACCAUUCACUGCCGACGCCGACGAGCCCGCAUCGCCGUCCUCAUCAUGGGUCGAAACCCUUCGCUCUCACUCCCGCAACAACUGCUUCCACUCCGCUCUCCGCACCUACGUCGACAUGACCGCCGCCGGCGCCCUCCCGGACCAUUUCGCCUUCCCGGCCGCCGUGAAAUCUGCCGCUGGCCUCCAUGACCUCGCGUUAGGCUGCCAGCUCCAUGCUGCCUCCAUCAAAUCCGGCCAUAUAUCAUCCCCAGCCGCCGUCCCCAACUCACUCGUCACAAUGUAUGCCAAGUGCGGCGACAUCUGCAACGCCCUCAAGGUGUUCGAUCGAAUUUCUGAGCCAGAUCAAGUCUCGUGGAAUUCUAUAAUCUCCGCACUGUGCAUGUUUGAGGAGUGGGAGAUGGCGUUAGAGGGCUUUAGGAUUAUGCAGGAGCAUGGUUUUGAUGAGAGCUCGUUUACACUUGUUAGUGUCUCGCAGGCUUGUACGAGCGUUGGGAAGCGCGAUGGAAGAAGGCUUGCUAAGGAGCUGCACGGCCAUGGGCUUAGGGUGGGAUUAUACUCUGAUGGAAAGACAUACGCAUAUAAUUCUUUGAUAACUCUGUAUGCUAAGUUAGGAAGUAUAGGGGAUUCUGUUGCUCUGUUUGAUAGGUUUGACAAUCGUGAUAUUGUGACCUGGAAUACGAUGAUCAGUUCCCUAGCGCAGAAUGAACGAUAUAUGGAGGCAAUGGAUGUUCUGAAUCGAAUGGUUGUUGGCGGGAUUAAACCAGAUGGUGUUACACUGUCAAGCAUUCUCCCAGUUUGUACCCAGACUGACUUGUUGGAUUUUGGGAAGGAAAUUCAUGCUUUCUCUGUCAGAAAUAAUGGCUUAUGUGAGAAUUCAUUUGUUGCAAGUGCAUUGGUGGACAUGUAUUGCAACUUUGGAGAGAUUGUGAAGGCCCGUCUUGUUUUUGACGGAGUUUCAGAACCUAGAUUGGGGCUUUGGAAUGCAAUGAUCUCUGGAUAUUCACAGAAUGCAUUUGAUGAAGAGGCCCUAGAGCUUUUUAUUGUGAUGGAAGAGGCUGCAGGGUUGUGUCCAAAUGCUACCACUUUAGCAAGUGUCCUUCCUUCUUGUGUCCGUUCCAAGGCAUUUAGCUCUAAGGAAAGCAUUCAUGGUUAUGUUGUGAAGAAGGGUUUAGGUUCUGACAAGUAUGUGCAGAAUGCUCUUAUGGAUAUGUACGCAAGGGUUGGAAAGAUGGAGGUUUCAUGGAAGAUAUUUAGCUGUAUGGGGGCUAGAGAUGUAGUUGCUUGGAACACUAUGAUCUCAGGCUGUAUUGUCGCUGACCAACUCACAGAAGCAUUUCAACUUCUGUCAGAAAUGCAAAGAACAGGAAAGAGAACUGCAGAAUGUAAAGAAGCAGAAGAUGAACGUAGCAAUUAUGUAGGGCUUGACUAUGAAAAACCCAAUAACAUAACUCUGAUGACUCUUCUUCCAUCAUGUGCCUCUCUCACAGCACUAGUUAAGGGGAAGGAGAUCCAUGGCUAUGCAGUUCGGAACAGAUUAGACUAUGAUAUUGCAGUAGGUAGCGCUUUGGUUGACAUGUACGCUAAAUGUGGUUGCCUUACCCUUUCUAGAAGGAUGUUUGAGAGAAUGCCCAAACGCAAUGUAAUUACCUGGAAUGUGCUUAUCAUGGCUUAUGGAAUGAAUGGACAUGGAGAGGAAGCACUCAAGCUUUUCCAUGAUAUGGUGGCUAGAAGGGAAGUUAGGCCUAAUGAGGUUACUUUCAUUGCAGUAUUUGCUGCUUGCAGCCACUCUGGCUUGGUCAAUGAAGGCUUGGAACUGUUUAAUAGGAUGAAAGUGGACUAUGGGGUAGAGCGCAGUCCAGACCACUAUGCUUGUGUGGUGGAUAUGCUUGGUCGUUCUGGGCAAUUAGAGAAAGCAUAUCAGCUCAUUAAGACAAUGGAACCUGACUCAAACCAAACAGGAGCGUGGAGCAGCUUGUUGGGUGCUUGUUGCAUCCACCGAGAUGUUAAACUUGGUGAAAUAUCUGCUAAUCAACUCUUUGAGCUAGAACCCAAUGAGGCAAGUCACUAUAUCCUACUUUCUAACAUAUUUGCAGCCUCUGGCCUAUGGGACAGGGCAAAUGAAGUUAGGAAGAGGAUGAAGGAGAUGGGAGUAAGAAAAGAGCCAGGUUGCAGCUGGAUUGAAGUUGGUGACAAAGUCCACCAAUUCACUGUUGGGGACUCAUUACAUCCGCAGAGUCCACAACUCCAUGCACACCUUGAUGCUUUAUGGGAAAAAAUGAGGAAGGAAGGCUAUGUGCCAGAUACGUCUUGUGUCCUUCACAAUGUUGAUGAGGAUGAGAAAGAGAUUCUUCUCUGUGGCCAUAGUGAGAAAUUGGCAAUAGCAUUUGGUUUGCUGAACACACCUGCUGGUUCAACCAUUAGAGUAGCUAAAAACCUUAGAGUAUGCAAUGACUGUCAUGAGGCCACCAAGUUCAUCUCUAAAAUUGUAAAGAGAGAGAUCAUUUUGAGAGAUGUAAGAAGAUUUCAUCAUUUUAAGGAUGGAUCUUGUUCUUGUGGAGACUAUUGGUGACACCGCUUACAAUACACAAUAUGCAUCGGUUGGCACCUUGAGUAGUAUGCUGGUAGGCGUCCAAUAGAGCAUUUAAUGAUGCCAUGGUUGGUCAAGAAUGGGUGCUGUGAAUCAUGCUGAUCGCUAUUAGGGCAUCAAUUUUAACUUACAUGAUCUCAUUCUGUUGGAAUUGUUAUGUUGAUCAGGUCUGGCAUUAUUGGUGAGUAAAGUGGGAGGACUUUCGAAUGAUGGACAUCAAUUAAAUCAUGCUUGUAUUUGGAUCUAGUGGGUCCCAUGGAAGAUCGUUUUCUUUGUAACAAAAUUCUUAUCCUCCAAAAUGGAAAUUACACAAUAGGAAAAUUCGAUGCAAAAGCUCAAGUGGCUCGUAACCGGCAUAGUGGGAUAAAAGCUUAUUGUUGUUAUUAUUGUUGUUUAAGUUUAAAAAUUUGUGGCCCAAUAAUGUUGAAACUCUACUCGAGUAAUGGAGGAUGGCUUAUGCCAAAGCUUUUCUUCU